UUUGGUUGGUUCCUGCCUUUGAUUGCUUGACCUGUGUUGACUGGAAUUGUGCAUUUUGGUUGUGAAUUGAAGCACUCUUCCAGAAUUGAAAACAUUGUGUUAUAGAGUGACCAAUUAUUACCUUUUGAACGAAUCUGUACGUGAUCUAUCCAGACAGGAUAGAAUAACAUUUAUUUGUGGUGAUUGGUAAUUUUCUUGCAUUCUUUAUCAACUUUCUUAUUUAUUGUAGUUUAGAUUUGAUCAAUUAAACAAUUAUUGGUUGGAUAGCUGUGUGGUUAUAUUUGUUUAGGUAAUAAUGUAUACUUAAAUUUAUGAUAAAUUAUAGAACCUCUAUCUUACCCAAUUACCUUGUUUUGGUUUCAAACGGGCGAGGGCGCGUAUCGAACUUAUCCAGGCAGCUGUCCAGCAGUCCAAACGUGGUUUGGAUCCUACAGUUCUAAACAAAUAUUAAUUGGUCAAAGUCGUUUGGGAAUCGUUUCGUGGAUUUUGGUUAUCCUUCUUGAAAAUAUUUGGUCGUUUCCCUACAGUUCUAAACAAAUAUUACUUGGCCGAAAUCCUUUGGUAAUCGUUCACGGAUUUUCUGGAAAUAAUUGGUCGUGUCGCUUAUAAUGCCAGUUAAUCGUCGUCGGAGAUCAGGCUCAAAGUUCGUCGAUGUUAACGAAGAAUCCCCUAUCGUCAAGCAAGUACCUUUUGAUGUCCUUAAGGGUCAUGGUUCAGACUUAAAUAGGGUUAAUUAUCAUGGCAGUGAUUCUAGCCUUAAUUCGAUGUCAGAUGAUGUAAAAAUCUUAGUUUAAAGGAGGAGCAAAGGCCUGAAUUACUAGGAAAGAGCAUGUCGCCUAUAGUCCACGUUGUUGGCCCAGAGCUACCAAAGGUUGAAUUGAGUUAUUUCGAUGGAGAGCCAAGAGGUUAUUGGAAAUUUAUAAGGCAAUUUGAGACGUAUGUAGCGUCAAGAGUCACGGAUGAUAGCCAGCGCUUACUCUAUUUGAUACACUACUGUAAGGGCAAGGCUAAAACAGCUAUUGAAGGUUGCGUCAUGAUGGAGGCAUCCUCUGGCUAUAAAAGAGCAAGGGAGAUUUUAAAACGUUUUUUCGGACAGCCUCACGUAAUUGCUCGAGAAACACUAGAGGACUUAUUCAGUGCUGCGAAUUUUGAGUAUAUUGACGGGGACCAACUAUCAAAUUUGGCUAUUAAGAUGGAAAACUGUGCCAUGGUCUUGGAGCAGAUGAAUUAUACUUCUGAUCUAAAUUCCUUAGUUACCUUGGAAAGAAUAGUGAGACUCUUGCCGCAAUCUUUGCAAGCCCAGUGGGCGGACUGGGUGGAUAAAUUGACUGAAGAUAACAGGGAACCGACCUUCGACGAGCUCACUCAGUUUAUCGCAUCGCGUGCAAGAGUGGCUUGUAGUAGAUUUGGACGGUUAGCAAACCGUUCAAGAAAAGGACAUAACGUGAAGACGAACUGCCACGUGAAAUCGGUGCAAGGGAAUAGUUCGACGACGAAAACUAAAUGCAGUAUGUGUUCCUACGACCAUGCUAUUGAUAAAUGUCCACAGUUCUUAGCGCUUACAGUCCAAGACCGAUGGUCUCACGCUAAAAGCAAGGGUAUCUGUUUUGUUUGUCUUAGACAAGGACAUAAGAUUAAUGAAUGUAAGAUGACAAGGCUCUGUAACGUUGACAGUUGUAAGAAGAGUGUUAUGACCUUGGAUGUCUGACUUUUCGAUCACACGACUUAUCUACCAAUCCGAAUACGACUUAUACGAAUCUUCACACUAGGCCAACCAAUGACGUUCAACCGGUGUGGGCAGUCUAGCGUCCUUAUUGGUCCUAUGUCCUACGAGCCCUUCCACUUGAGUCCAGAACAAGAUACCAGCUUCCGAAUC